AUGAAGUUCUUUUCCUGCACGCACCAGUUCGACUACUCCUGGGAAGAAGUCAGCACCGCCAACUGGCGCAAGUACGGCCCCUGGAACAACAAAUCAGAGCACGUGAUUGGCGUGGACACCCUCUCCCGCACCAUCGACCCCAACACCAACAUCCUCCGCACCGAACGCCUCAUCACGUGCAAGCAGACCGCGCCGCAAUGGGUCCGCUCUUUCCUCGGCUCACAAGACACUAGCCUCGUCUACGAAGUCAGCUACGUCGACCCAGCGGCGAAGCGCGUCACCAUGUGCUCGCAGAACAUGACGUGGAGCGAUCUGCUGAGCGUGCAGGAGACGGUCGUGUAUACGCCGGCUAAGGGCGGGAGGACGACCUUCGAGCAGCAGGCGAAGGUCAUUGCGCUUUGCGGGGGUUGGCAGAAGAUUAAGAAUACGAUUGAGGAUAUCACGGUGGAGCGGUUCAAGCAGAAUGCUGCACGAGGGAGAGAAGGGUUUGAGAGGGUGCUGGCGAUCUCGAGGGAGGUAUUUGCGGAGCAGCGGGAGCAGAAGCGCAACGAGCAGCAGCGGGCGGCGUUGUAG